UGAAAGCCCUAAACCCAAUUCUCUUUCGCUAUAUAAAUAUUUAUUCAAACCCUCACUCCCACACACUAUACCCCUCAAUAACUUUAUACAUCAAUUUAAUUAAGUAAAUCUUUCUUCAAAUAUAUAUGGCCACUUACCCCGCCGUCAACGUCGCUGCCGUAGACUGCCAGAAACAAGUCCGUUCAUGGCAGCUCUUCCGAUCUCUAAUCGAAUUCCUCAUCCCCACUUGUAACUGCGCCUUCACCGAAGAUCAAGAACAACAACAACCCAUGUAUUAUUCCUCAAAACCCAUCUUCCCGACGCCCUCCACCGCCAAUUCCGUCACCGGCACCAUUUUCGGUUACCGUAGAGGAAAAGUCAACUUCUGUAUCCAAACAAGUUCCAGCUCAACCAACCCAAUUCUCCUCCUCGAAUUGGCGGUCCCCACUGCAAUCCUCGCCCGGGAAAUGAGAGGCGGCGUCCUCAGAAUCGCCCUUGAAUCUGCCACGGCGGCGAAUUCUGAGGGGAGAUCGGUUCUGUCGUCGCCAGCGUGGAGUAUGUAUUUCAACGGAAGGAAAGUUGGGUACGGAUUGAGACGAGGGGCAUCGGCGGCGGAGGUGGAGACGCUGCGGCGGUUGGGGAGGGUGGCGGAAGGGGCGGGAGUUAUUGAAGGUGAAGAUGAUUAUUUGAUGUAUUUGAGAGGGAAUUUUGAUAGAGUUUGUGGAGCGUCGGGAGAUUCUGAAUCUUUCCAUUUGAGAGAUCCAAAUGGAAGCAUUGGUCAAGAGCUCAGUAUUUUCUUUUUCCGAUCCAAAUAAAUAAAUUAAUUUUCUCUCUUUUUUCUUUUCUCCUCUUUUUUGUUUGAGCUGUGUUUUUUUUGGGAAGGGCUUUUUCAGCUUUUUGGGCUGCUGCUUAUAUUGGCCCUGUGUUUCCUUAUCACCAGCUUCGAAUUGUCGUUUGAUGAACAUUAUAACAUAUAAAUUUGUGUAUCUAAUUAUGUAUGUUUUGUGAUGUUAAUAUGAAUUCAUAAUGUGCGAUUUGCUA